AUGACGACGGAUACUGUUUAUACUAUCCCCCAAGGGUCUAAGAUCCUGGUUACUGGAAGUAAUGGCUUCAUCGGGUCUCAUGUCGUCGAUCAGCUAUUGAAGUGGGGCUACUUGGUCCGCGGGACGGUUCGUGAGCCCAAGCCAUGGCUGAUCGACUUCUUUGACCAAAAAUACGGCAGAGGGAAGUUUGAAACGUUCAUCCUUCCGGAUGUGACUAGCGAGAUUGACUGCGAGAGAGCAGUCGAAGGGACUUCCGGAGUUAUUCAUAUGGCGGCUGACGUAUCGAUGAAUCCUGAUCCGAGCGUGGUGAUCACGAAUACCAUCAAGGCAACGCUCAACAUUUUGAAAGCCGCUUCAAAGUGGCCAACGGUUAAGCAGGUGGUACUCACCUCAUCGUCAACUGCAGCUUAUACGCCGAAUGCUAAUGGAGAGAGAACAACGAUCACCAAAGACACAUGGAAUGACGCUGCUGUUGAAGCAGCUUGGGAUGAGAAUGCUCCGCCUCACUCUAAGGGGUACUUUGUAUACGUAGCGUCCAAAACGGAGACCGAGAGGGCGGCGUUCAAAUGGGCUGAGGAGAAUAUGCCUUCCUUCACGCUGAACACAGUCUUGCCAGCAAUCACUUUUGGCAAGAUCCUUGCUCCAAGCGUUGGGGGCUCAACUCAGUCAUUUGUUGGAAACUUGCUCAAAGGCGAUGGAUCCGCAAUGGCCUUCCUGGCACCACAGUGGUUUGUUAAUGUUGUAGAUGUUGCAAGAUUGCACGUUGCUGCUCUUCUUUCCCCAUCCGUCAAGUCGGAGAGAAUCUUUGCAUUUGCUGCCCCUCAGAACUGGACAGAAAUUAUCAGGAUUCUACGAAAGCUGCGUCCUGACAAUUUGUCAAUUCCCGAAGAGCCUGAAGCCGAGGGUCAAGACUUGAGGAUUGUCGUGCCUUCCAAGCGGGCCGAGGAGAUUCUCAAGAGCUUUUUUGAUCGACCAGGAUGGGUCAGUCUAGAGGAGAGCAUUGCCGAGGGAAUUUCUGACCUGUAA